AUGUCAGCCUGCACGAACAUGGCGCGCAUGAUGUGCUGCCUCCUUGCCAUCACGUCAGGGUUGGUGUUGCCAGGAGUUUCUGCUGCCCGCGUGCUGCGUGAUUUUGACGACAGUGAUGUGGGAACCAUUGCCUCACAAGGCGCCAACCCGCUGGGCAAGCUGUCCACUUUUGCUCAGGCGCACAACGCCGAGGUCAAGACAAACGCCCGUUCGUCGGGCAUCCAGCACAAUGAGGGCACCUCCAUGACCAUCGCCGGCGACAUCGUGCCCAGCGCGCGCGCCUCGGUGUCCACCCACAGUGGGGCCAAGGCGGGCGGCGGUGCCAUCCCGGCCGUGCCCAUCGCUGUCUUUGGUGUCACGGCCGUUGCCGCCACCGACAACGGCGUCGUCGCACUCGCGGGUUCCAACGCGAUGUCUAUCCGCAAGGACGGCGCCGACGCAUCCGAGGUGGCCUACGGAUCCACCACAGAUGUGUACGACAUCGCCACCGUGGGCCGCAGCAAAGGGGCCGGGCAGACCCAUGCCGUCUUCUCAAACAGCGUGGCCGUGACUGAUGAUGGCCCGACGGCUGCCGGCAUCAGCAACGCGGGCGGCGGCCUGAUGGCGGUUGCUUCGGCCGGCGAGGCGGUCGCCGUCUCCAAUGCCGAUACCUUGCAAAACGAGCAGGGUAUGGCGUGA